AUGCUACAGGAAUGGGAGUAUCUGCGCGCACCUCUUAGGCACAAGAUGGACGAGUUGGCGCUCGAAGAUUCUCUUGCCCUACAUCUACGCCCGCUCGGAGUCGUCUGUGUUGUUGAUAUCCACCAUCAUCAUCGCAACCACCCUUCCUCUGCACCCACUCUCGUGUGUACUAAAUUCUUUAGGUUUGACCCUUACGUAGAAGAUACGAUGGCCUCUGGUGCACCAAGUGACGCGUCUGGCGCAUCUGAGCAAAACGCACCGUCUGUGUUCGCAGCCUGCUUUGACGAAGUUCCCAAUGAAUUGCUGCGGAUAAUCUUUCGUCACGCCUGCGACGACAUCCCAUUGCUCCUUCCUCCCAUUCCACCGAACCCCUUAUCUGCUCCUCCCACGUAUCCUGCCCUUGUCGUCAGCUGGGUAUGCCACCGCUGGCGCGAGCUUGCAAUUUCAACCCCCGAGCUAUGGGCGCCGACCAUCUACAAUAUAAAGGAGCAGCAGCUGGGGCCGGCCCCCAUCAAUCCAGCACGUGGCGACAAGCGGCGCCCACACAAGUUGUGUCCGCCCGUCAUGCCGGCCUGCUAG